GUUUAAACGUUGCUUAUCGUUAUACAACUGAAUACAAUCAGUGAAACGACCAAUUUAGUAUUUUAUAACGAAUGAGGUACGCCAUCAUUUCAGGAGCAAAGAAAUCUAACAAAAUUUUCCGUUACUUUGUAAUUUUUUUUCCAUUUUCAUCAAAACACGUAAAUAAUAUCUCUGGCAACAAGAGUGUUCAUCUCAGCUACCAUCCUACACCAUGAAUAACCUUAUGAAAUGAUUAAUGUUAAUCGCGCGAAUGAUCAGCACCGCAUUAAGGUGGAUGAAAAGGUGGUGGAAAAUUUCAAACGACGAAACUUGCUUGGAAACAAUAAUUUUAUUAUUUUAGAAAUAUAAUUGGUAGAGAACCAACAUUUUUAUACAAUGGGCAUGAAAUUAAACGAAUAUUUAGUUGUACGAGAUUGAUGAUUUUUACAAUUGUAUUUAGACGGAGCUGUGACUUUGGAUCAAGCAUCAAUCGCAUGGCCCGAUAAAACACGUUGCCGUACCUGCGUCUCUUUGGAAUUACUCCUACCACAAAGUUGUGACGACGAUUCUUUUCUCGCUCAUUCCCUCUCGUUCUCACUCUGACUCUCUCCGGGGCUUUUUGCUUCUCAUUCCGUCGCGUAUCCCCCCGACGGUAUGGGAGAAUUGAACUGGGCCGCGACGAUGUUAUACGUGCACCGCAACGUGCCGGGGAACAAUACGCGUACGCACACGAAUCUGAAUUUCCAUUGAUCUAUCAAACGCUCAUAAACGAAAGAAAAAAGUUGUCCAGUCACCGGCCGUUUCUGAAAAAGGGCUUUUAUAGUAUCUCGAUGAUUCAAGGUCGUUUGAGCUUCGAAGCGCCAUUGACAGCGAUGUCCAAGUAAUUGGCAAUGUUAUCGAUCGAAAAAAAGAAAUAUCAAAUUUCAAUGACAGACUGAUGAGAAUCGCGAGUGCGUGAACCGAGUGAAUCGACGUGACGAAGAGAAAAAAAUUUCGUUAGCUCUCCCGCGAGUAAUUGGAGUUGAAAAUUGCGAUUUUCAACUGAGGGACUCGUUUUUUUUGCUGUACGAGAACACGCGGAAACACGUGCAGUAGAAAGUGAACUCCAAACUUUGGUCAUAGGUUUGCUAGCAGUGAUGCGAGUCGCUAUUAUUAGUAUAGCAACGAUCGCCCCCCACUUGGAAUUCAUUGAAGAGAGAGAACAUAUUUGGAGCUCGGAUAGGGACUCUUUUUUUCAUUUUUCUUCUUAACCCGCCUGAGCUGUGAAAUUCAGGGCUGAUGAUGAAAAAACACUUGACCAUACCACCGGCCGAACUUGCCCCGAAGCCGAACACGCUGCUCUCGUCGUGUUAGUCGUCGUAGAUGUAUCGAGGAAUUUCGCGGGCAAAGCGGAGUCAACGGCCUUAUCGGGUGAACUCGCGACGAGGGCUUCCUCCCACCGCCUCUCUGCCCCUCCCCCUUAAUGCUCCCUGCCUCUCUCUCUCUCUCUCGCUCACUCUCACUUGAACAUAUCUGAUCACGUGAAAAGGUGUAUAAUCUGCAACACGAGCGACAAACCUUCGAGAGAGAACCAGUUCAACGGAGAGGAGUAACAAAAAGACGAGGAAGAGUUCGAAAUAAUAGGUUGAAAUAACGAUACCGACCGAGCUGUCUUUAAAGCGAAGUGAAAAAAGUGAGACGAAAGAGUUUGGGAGCGCGCUGGCGCGAGAGAGAGUCGCAUUCUCGCCUGCGACUCCCCUCUCAAAACUCCUGAAGUAGAUAAUGCGACUGUGCGACAGACGUGACCAGACGCUCGUAACCAAGUGUGGUGGAAAAGCUCACGAGCGCGAGUGUCAACGAUAUCAAACAUCGAACGUAACGACCGUUGACUUUUUUACUCGCGCCGAGGAGAGCGAUUUUUCGUACUCUUUCCGUGCUACAAUAUCAUCACAAAUAUAAUUCGUUCAUACAUAUUUGUCGAACAAAAACGUGUAUAAGAAAAAGCUCUGUAUAAAUGCGAGAAUUAAUGAGUGUGAAAGGGAAAUUGAAGAUCGAUAUUCUAUUUUGAUACUUUUGUUAUUUUAUCACCGAGCUCCUGCUAAAUCUACGCUCCGAUUUGUCAUGUUAUUACAUUCAAAAUAAACAUAACAAUUCAAAUACCAAAUGAAUAAUCUGUGAAGAAAAAUAUCGACAGAACUGAAAGAAAAAACGGAUUUUCGUAGCCACGUAGAGAGUGAAUUUAGUGAGCAACGUGAGGAGAACCUUUCGACGCGUGCAUCCCAGUGAUAACAACUUUGAAAGUCAUAUAUCGAUAUAUUAUUUUCUUAUAUAUUAAUAUAUACAUAGAUAUGUGUAUAGAUAUUUACAUGUGACAGGGCGAUAUUCUACAGCGUGUGCGUCAGCAAAAAUCUGCGUAGUGGACCAGUGCACAAAAGUGAUUUGAUUAAUCAAUGGGAACCCAGCACCCAUAGUGAGAGUGUUGCUUUUUUUUUUGCUCACGUAUUUUUAGUUCUCGUUCAAUUUGAUAUCAGUGUCGAUGGGUGCUGGUUCAUUUGUGUAAACAAUUUCAACGUUAUUUACACACAUUCUCGUUCGAUUGCGAUUUUGAAUUCUGAAUUUGUCCGCGAUUGUCGAUCGGAUAUAGUCGAGCCCUUCCGUCUUUGAAGAUCGAAUCGAAACAAAGAUAUUUUCUCGACGUUAUCUCGUUCAGUAUUCGUGGAAAUACUUGAUGUCGUCUUUAAUUCUGUGAUUGCGUCUUCAAAGACAAGCAGAUAUAACGAUUUGGGCGGAUUUCCAAACAAGUGUUUCGAUCUGGUGGUUUUUACGAGCCCACGGCUGACGCACGUGUGUCACUUCGAUUAGACGCUUAUCGGAUAUACCGACCGUAUUCCACGAGCGACAUCACCGUUCUAUGCGGCAGCAUGAUGGAGACACAGAAUUAUUGGGAUGAGAACUCGACCCACUCGAUGCAGGUGAAAUACGAAAGCUUGGAGGGUAGAUCAUGCAAAGAUGAAAUUUAUCGGAUGGGAAUUGGCAGCAGCUACUGCGAGGGGAACCUCAAUUUCGCUACCGCCUCCGAAGAUGAUGAGGUUUAUACGAAGAAAAAGGUUUCCAGGCAAGACCCCAUGUCUCACAGAAUAAUAGAGAAACGGAGAAGGGAUCGUAUGAACAAUUGUCUUGCCGAUUUGAGCCGACUCAUUCCCGCGGAUUACUUGAAAAAGGGUCGAGGACGGGUUGAAAAAACGGAAAUUAUCGAAAUGGCAAUUCGUCAUAUGAAACACCUCCAAGGACUCCGUCAAGAUACGAAACAUAACCCAAAAACGCCGAUCCAUUCGCACGCCGAAGACAGUGUUGACAGCAUUUCGCAUUCGGCCACUUCGUCCUCAGCGGCUGAGCACUACAGGCUCGGUUUUCAGGAAUGUCUCAACGAAACGAUGCAUUUUCUUGUUGAUGUCGAAGGAUUUUUCGCUCAGGAUUCUCUGUGCGUCCAAUUGAUCGGGCACCUUCAGCAGCAUUGCGAAAAGAUUAUUGCAACAAGUGAUAGACUCGGUUUUCCACAUUCGGAGAUGCCAACGUUGAACGGUUCGUCGAAUUCUGGUUUUGCUCACAGCACCAUUCCAACGUUGUGUCCGCCUAACAGUCACUCGGAUCAUGGGUCGAGUUCGGGUGUCAGUUCGUUCGGUGAUACGGAACGUUCAUUAAGACCGAUCAUUCCACCGCCAACAAUAGUCAGCGACGAUAGCAAUCACAGUACGCACUCACAGAUUCCACCAUCAACUUCUAGACCAACGAAUUACAAAUUUAAAUCUUCGAUUAAGCAGAGAUUCUCGGCCGAAAGAAUAAAAUCGAGUCCGCCUCCUUGUUCUGAGAAAUCGCACGGUGUACCGAUAUUCGCCCUUCACGAUGCUGGCUCCUUUUAUGUACCACUGACCAUCGAAUCCUCGCUCUUAAGGCCACAUCUCAGUUUCCUACCGGAUACAGGACCUGACCAGGUACUUCAUCCGGUCACCAUAUCCGUCAACUUCAAUCACUCGUCACCACCUGCCUGGUCGCAUUACAGCCCAGUCCAUCACAGUUUAACCGACCACGAGCAUCUCUAAUAAAUUUAUAUUUUCGCGAUAGCUGUAGCUUCCGCGUUUAUAAAAUUGUCUCGCUGUUGUACAUGGGUGACGAAUGAGCGCAUGGGACUAAUGAAGGACGUUAUUUUAUCCGAUAUUCUCUAACUAUUGCGUGAAAUAUCGGAGAACAGGUUGAAAUUGCGGUUAAAUAUUGUACAGAGAAUCUUUCAACGGAACAUGUGCGAUGAUCGCUUUUCCUGCGAUGGCUGAAACAUUAAGUCGAUCGAAUGGAGUUGUACGAGUUUAAACGAGCGUUUUUAAUUAUAUCGGAUAAUUUACCGAAUGAACUGAUUACUUACUCUUGUAAGAAACGACCACGUUGCCCAAAUAGAGAGUUUCACGAGUGUAGCUAUACUUCAGUUGACAAGUAUUGCGAAUUUUAACGCAUAAGUUGAAACGAUUAAUUUGACGGUCAUUGUUGCUUCGUCUCUGAACUCGAUUGAAUAUUACGAGCGUAAAUUUUUGAAUGAAACAUCUGUCGUGUAGAAAAUGCUGAUUGAACGAAAUCGCCGAUUUCGCAGGGCACUCUCAAUCAAACGAAUCAAAUGAUUGUACUUACACAGGGAAAAUAAACGAUGAACCAAGUGUUUUAUUGAAUAAUUGAAUUGACGAAAUACUUUAACAGACAAUUUGAAUGAUCCAAAUGUGAUAUAUUGCCGCACGGAGACGUUUAUAGCAAAUGUAUUUGUCUUUCAUACAGUUGUCACGCCUUGUUUUUUUUUCUCAUCGAAACCACCGAAAAUCAUAAAUUUACUAUUUUUUAUAAUUUUUCGAUUUUUUUCCUUCCAUUUGUCCGAGGCGGCGGAUUCAAAAUGGGACACUUACCGAACAGUAUUAAUUCAACACGUCCACUAUUCGUCGUAUUUCCCGAAAGAUUCGCCACGCCGUUAUCAGCAUGUUAUUCACCGAGUUAUUUCGGUAUGUUUACUAGCGCUCUAAUGACUUUUGGGACAGAUCAGUGCUCCACGAUUAAAACUUUUUCUAACGGUGAUAAAAACGAGACACUAACGAAGUUAGCGAAAGUUUAAUACAUGGCGGGAAAAUAGUAUGUCGUUUCUGGAGUAAUAUUAUGGGAGAGAAAUGGGGCGUGCAUAUUACAAAAACAGUUUAUAGUUUACUGUCAAUACCGUCCAUGAUCACUGAAAAAAGCUCGAACUGAACCGAACUGAAAUAAUGUAAAAAAUGAAACUAGGCAGCUAAUGAAAAAAAUAAAUAAAUUUGUAAAAUAAAAACAAAUUACUAUGAAUUAAUUGCUAUGAAUGAUCGUCACAAUUGUGAAUUUGUGAGAAUUGAGAAAGUGGCAACUAUAAAUUUUUUAUCUUGUAAAACCAAUGUUAAGCCGAUCAUACGAUUUUUCGUUUUUGUUUGAUUUUCUUUCCAAUAGGCUCUUCGAAAACUCGUGUAAUGAAUGUGAAGUAGUAGGUACUCGGCACAAAAAAAAAACUUGACCGUACUGUUUUCUUCAAUCAUUUUGUAAUAAAAAAAAAUGCAAAUAUAACAUACGACGAAACGACACAUCGAUAAGAAAAAAAAACGGCCCGUUCCUCCAGUCGCAUUCGUAUAUCUGAUGAUUAAAUUGCUUCCGAAACCAAAAGCGCGUUACAAAUUGCAUGGAAAGAAUGAAAGUUUGAUCUAGAAAGGGUAAAAGUUUGCUUGACGCUCUGUACUCGUCGAGGCCAUCAGCAACUGAAGACUGACUGAGACCUGCAUUACAUAUUAAAUUCUUAUAAGUUCGUUACAUAACACGCCUAGUUGUGAUCUUGAAGAAGAAUCCAUGAAAUAUAAAUUAUAUUUACUGCAAA